UUGAAACAAGGAAUACUGUUUUGUUUUAUAUUUUAUUCUUAUCGUUUUGCGAUGUAAAACUUACUUUUUGUUUAAAGACGCAUUUGUUAUACUUAAGUUUAUUUCAUGUCUAUAUCGAAAUCUUUUUGUUUUGUGUAAAUUUGUGUUAUUAAACUAGUCAUUUGAAAAUAAAGUGAUAUGGAGAAAAUGCCAUGUUAUAGUAUUUUAUUAGUUUUUAUAUUUGCUAUUAUAUACGUUAAGACUGAUGAAGAGGCUUCGUCGCUUAUGUCGAAGGCAGAAAGAAUAAGCUUGAGAGAGGAAUCACGUCAGAUGUUCUACCAUGCAUAUGAUGCGUAUAUGGAUAAUGCAUACCCAGCCGAUGAAUUAAUGCCCCUAAGCUGCAAAGGAAGAUGGAGAGGUGUUACCCCAAGCCGAGGAGAUAUGGAUGAUGUACUCGGAAACUUUUCAUUGACGCUCAUCGACAGUUUAGACACAUUGGUCGUGAUGGGUGAUUUUGCCGAAUUCAGUCGAGCAAUCAAGCUGGUGAUCAAGGACGUUACAUUCGACCAUGACAUUGUCGUGUCCGUGUUCGAAACAAACAUUCGGGUGCUUGGGGGUUUAUUAUCAGCUCAUGUGUUAGCUGAAGCACUGAAAGGCGAUGUUCCCGUUUUGGAAUGGUAUGACGGUCAGUUGUUAGCGAUGGCCGAAGAUCUAGGUCGGAGACUAUUACCGGCGUUCAAUACUUCCACUGGAAUACCGCACGGAAGAAUAAACCUACGAAACGGUAUUCGCGGUCUGUCUGAGUCGCGAGAGACAUGCACCGCCUGCGCUGGCACGAUGAUCUUGGAAAUGGCUGCUUUGUCUCGUCUAAGCGGUAACCCUGUGUUCGAACAGAAGGCCCACAAAGCUAUGGAUCGACUCUGGAAAAUUCGGCAUAGAACCUCAGAUCUAAUGGGCACAGUUAUUAAUAUUCACAAUGGAGACUGGGUAAGGAAGGAUUCAGGAGUAGGAGCAGGCAUCGAUUCCUAUUAUGAAUACUGCCUCAAAGCCUACAUCCUUCUAGGAGACGAAAAGUACCUGGCCAGAUUUAUCAGACACUACAAUGCUGUCAUGAAAUACAUAAGUAGAGGUCCCAUUAUGUUGGCUGUUCAUAUGCAUAGACCACAUCUUCAAUCACGUAAUUUCAUGGACGCCUUGCUCGCGUUCUGGCCGGGACUACAGGUCUUGCUUGGUGACGUUCGUCCAGCUGUUGAAACACACGAAAUGUUGUAUCAAGUGAUGCAGCGGCAUACAUUUAUACCGGAGGCAUUUACUUCUGACUUCCAGGUUCACUGGGGUCAACACCCACUCCGUCCAGAGUUCCUAGAAUCGACUUAUUUCCUUCACCGCGUUACCGGAGACGAUCAUUACCUACAAGUGGGUAAAACGGUCCUGAGAGCACUCCAAGCUCAUACGAAGGUACCGUGCGGAUAUGCCGCUGUCAACGACGUCAGAACUAGAGUGCAUGAGGAUAGAAUGGAUUCGUUUGUGAUCGCUGAGACAUUCAAGUACUUAUACAUGCUGUUCGGAGAGGACAAAGACUUGCCAGUGAAACUAGAAGACUACGUUCUUACAACUGAGGCACAUUUCUUGCCGCUAUCCCUUGCCACAGAUGGAAGAAACGGAUCUUACGUCACCGUAAAAAUUGAUGAUGAAGAUGAUGACAAAUAUAAAAGAACAUGUCCGAACACGGCAUCUCUUGUGGCUGAGAAGGUCCGUCAACCAAUGAGACAGAUGCUUGGGUCUAAAGCUGCGAGGCCGCCCGCGAGACUGCGACCCUUAAACGACCCGCGCCAGAUACACGCACUAUCAGACAUGGGAAUAUCCGUACUUACAUUGCCGGAUGGCAGAGUACAGUUGCUCUAUACUGUUAACACUGCGAAAUCAGCAAAAGAUGCAGCCGAAGGUCUAACUUUCAUGCGAGAGAUGUCAAAGUUUAAUUCGCUAAGCGAUACAGAAAAUGGCGUUGUAGCCGCCGGCGUUGAGAUCAACAACAAAAUAUUCCCAGCUGGACCGGGACAUUUUGGCAAAGAUCUAUCCGGAUCUACUAUGUAUUCCGGAACGCCGGUUUUCGCAACACCGAUAAAAGCUUGCACCGCCAUUGAGAAUAGUAUGGAAGUCACUGGAAAAUUCGUUAUAGCAACGCGAGGUGACUGCACAUUUGCUCAGAAAGUCCGUAACAUUCAGGAAGCUGGCGCUGCGCUGGCCAUUAUAUUGGACAACGUAAAAGACUCGUCAUAUGAGACGACGGCUCUUUUCGCCAUGUCCGGUGACGGCAAAGACGACAUUGAAAUACCCGCAGUUUUCCUUUUCUCGCGAGAAGGCCUGUACUUAACAGUUUCUUUGCUGCAGAAUCCUGAACUUGUCGUUACUGUAGGCGAGCUGAGGUCUCUUAAGAAGCAGUUCGAGGUUGGUUGUGAUAAUGGAAACUGCGAACCCGUUACCGAUGUACCAGCUGUGCCAAGCGACAAGGAAUCAUUCGAUCAUCUUAAGAAAGUACUUAGCCAAAUUGUCGCCCAAUUCGAACUAUCGCUGUCGAACGAAAUUACCUCGCAAAAAUCUUGUAGUGAGGAUCCGAAAACUUUGUUAGUGUCCAAAGAUAAUAAAUUUUUGAACGAAGAAGUUCGUAGUCACAAGGUUUGCACGAAUGGCUGUGACGAAGAUGAACGUAGCAGUGAAACUAUUGAAGUAUACACAUCGCCUACCAAUACAAAUAAAUUUGGUGAUAUCUGACCCGACCCGAGGGCUUUGUACAAGGAUGUUUUGUAUAUAAAUUGAAAAAGUUUUUUGUAUAAAAAAUGUACAUAUUAUGUAAGGUAACCGUUGAGGAGAUUUCGUGCCUUGUACAACGACUCAGCCACGAUUUUUUAAUGUAUAUGCAGUCUACAUGGGUUUGUAUGAUAUAUAUAUAUAUAUAACUUUUACUAUAAAUUAAGACAUCAUAUUUAUGUCAUCAUUUUUUGGAGUUAAAAAUAUUUAUCAUAAAUUUUUAAGUAUAAAAUAUUUGAUUAAGUAAAGUAUGUGUAAAAGUAUCAAUCUGUAUUUAUUUAUUUAUUAUAUUUAAAUGAUAAUACAUGUAUCGACAUGGAAAAUAUUUUAAGUAUAUUAAACAUUUAAAUAUGAUCAAUAAAUAAAUGUUUAUAUGUAGAUAACAGAGUUCUAUAAAACUUCUGUUUGGGAAAGCUUAAAAAUAAACCAUAUUAUAUCGAUUAAAAUACAAGAAAGGUUAAGAUUAAGGCUCAGUUUUAUUUAAACAUUCAACAACGUAGCUGCAUGUAACUUUACGCAUAAAGGCCAUUUACUAUGGUCGAUAAAAAAGCAUUCGGCGUGCGUGCAUUUUUUAAACGCAUGCCAUUUUACGGAUCCUUGGAUCCUUUGCUUUCUGGGAGUUCCCGUAUGCUGUAACUGCCUCCUGCGAAAUCCCAUUAAUGCGUAUCGACCAAUGAAAAUGAGCUGUAAAGGUAUAGUUUAACCUUUUGGUUUUGUAUACGUUUGUGUGUGUCCGAUACUUCAUAUAUUCUAAAUACAUAAAGAUAAGUUUAUAAAUGUUGUGUCAAUUGAUUCCGAAAAGUGUUCCGCGUGUAGAUAUAUAUAUUUGCACAUUCAAAAUAUCUCAAAAUGCCUUAUAUUUUUAAUAAGUGAUAGUAAAUCAAUAAACAUUAAUUAUAACCGUCGAGAACAUUUGUAUUGAAACUGUUAACGAACUGAGCGAUACUAUUUAAGAAAAACAUUAACAAAGCAACAUUUAUAUUAAGCGACUAUUUAUAAAAAAUGUAAUUUGUUCCACCUAAAAUUAUAUUAAAAUACAAUUUGAAAAAUA